CAGCAGGGAAAAAAAGAGAAAGACAAGUCCCUUUUAUCUGAUGAGCAGCUCCUGUCUGUCUGUCUUCCAGCUUGUUGAGCCCCCAUCAUGUUCUUCUCUUCCCCGGCAAUAAUUGGCUUGACUCCCUCCACCCCGAUUUUCCAUCUCACCAAUUCCCCUUUCAUUUCAUUUGUUUUUUGCUGCUCGCUUUGAUCGAAUUGCAAGAAAGAUUCAUAGGAGGAUAGAUGAUACGGAUGUAGGUGAAAGAAAGAAAGAACGAAUCGGCGAGCUAAAUAAUAAGAACUGCUUGCUGCGUCGGCGCAGUGUCGCUAUCCCAACGAAUUGUCGCCUUUGGGUCAAUCAUUGGGAGAUCCAUCCAUUCGAGUUCAUAUACAAGCUCACACCAAAGAUGCAAAGCAAAGCGUAAAGCUAAUGGGGUUGGGGAUUUCUGGGUUGUUUGUUUUACCUGCAACGGCCGCGCCAAGCCCACAUUUUUUAGCAUAUUUUGCUUCGCUUUCCACUGAUGCCUACAGCUCAACUCAGCCAGUUUAUAUACAUACAUCCAUAUAUACAUACAUAUUUGUUUGCUUGCCACUGCUGUAUUGUUGUCCACUUUUCUUGUGGGCUCUCCUCUCCCCCCUUCCUUCCCCAAAACCUCCAUGCUCUUCUCACUCGCAAUCAAUUGACAGUACAUAGAUAGACCCACCUGAGAAGAGGAGGAGGAGGAGGUAGAGGAGCAAGUGGAGGAGGGAGAAGAGGGGGCAAAAUCAAGAUUCAAGAACCGGAUAGGAGCAAUUUUUUGUCUGCACAAUGGCUUCAACAUUUGAUGCUGCUGUUGUCCUUGUUUGGAAAUGAUGCCAGGAGGCCUGAAAAAUCUGCAGGUUAUAUAUCUGCAAACUUCAUCACUGCGGCUACAAAGAUUACUACCCUACUCUGAAGGAGGAUAUCCCAUACUAGAUGUCAGGGCUUCUUGCAGCAGCUCUAGGAGGUGCUGCUGGAGGCUUGGCACUAGUAGGUAUUGUCAUAGUUGUAAUAGUACUUUGCUUACAGCAUCGCAGAAGAACUUCAGACUCUUCAGAAAGUAGUUCAUCAGGUCCAGCUCUACCAGAGUCGCAGGGAGCAAGAUGUCUGACUUUGGAGGAAUUAAAUUCAGCUACAAGGAACUUCAGCAGUGUGAUUCUUAUUGGACAUGGAAUGUUUGGAGAGGUAUACAAGGGUUUGCUCCAGGAUGGCACAAUGGUAGCUGUUAAAAGACGGCAUUCUCCUCCUAGCCAGGAACUUAUUCAAGAGGUUAAUUACCUAUCAUCUCUCCGUCAUCGUAACCUUGUAAACCUUUUGGGGUACUGCCAGGAGAACGGCAUGCAGAUGCUUGUUUAUGAGUAUGUCCCCAAUGGCAGCGUUUCAACAUAUUUACAUGGUAACAGCAGUGCUCCAGGUGUAAGGCUAGAAUUCAAGCAGAGACUUUCUAUUGCUCAUGGAACUGCUAAAGGCCUGAGUCACCUGCAUUCGCUGACACCCCCUGCGAUCCAUAUGAACUUCAAAACGGCCAAUGUACUUGUGGAUGAGGAUUUCGUACCCAAAGUUGCAGAUACUGGGAUUCCAGGCUUGCUUGAUCGACUCGGUGGUACAGGACCGUCUUCCAGAAUAUCUAAUGAUCCUUUCCUUGAUCCUCGAUUGAAGGAAUCCACAAACUUCUCCAUACAAAGCGAUGUAUACAGUUUUGGUGUGUUCCUUGUGGAGUUGGUUAGUGGACGGAGAGCUGUUUCUGAUCAAAGCAUCAUUCAAUGGGUACAGAACUUUCAGGAAUCAAGUGAUAUCUCUGCAUUUGCAGAUGACAGAAUGACUAGUGGCUUCACCUCAGAAAGCAUGAAGGAAUUGCUGCGCUUGACAUCGUGGUGCGUGAAUCCAUUGAGCGAGCAGCGUCCAUCGAUGAGCUUGGUGGAGGCUGAAAUACAUCGGAUACGCGAGCAAGAGAUCAGGUUGACGACGGUCAUGACAGAAAGCACCCCAACUGUGACUCUAGGCAGUCAGCUCUUCACAACAUCCAGGUGAAGAACAAUGGAAGUGACUCUAGGCAGUCAGCUCUUCACAACAUCCAUGUGAAGAACAAUGGAACAUGUAGCAUCUCGUAGUAAAGCUAGUUCUCUCAUCAGAGUUAUAGAUUAGCCUGUUCUCUUUCCAAUUUCUCUCUUCUUUUCAUAGUGAGUCAGCUGCAUCUCAAGUGUACAAAAAAAGGAACAGCUGCGACGCCCCCCCCCCCCCCCCUUCAUUUUUCUUACCCCGCUGAUUUCUUUUUUGUUCUUCUUUCCUUUUUCAUAGAUUUUAAAAAGAAUGGAUUUUCCUUUUUGUCGGAUAUUUAUAAGAUUGGGAGGGUAGCGGCAAACCGGCAAUUCUAGAUGUUCAGUGCAUUUUUUUUAA